CCGUUUCCGCAGCAUGCUCCAAGCCUACUGCGCCUCCGGUUGCGACGGGCUCAAGGUCAGCACCGUGCGAAAGCUGCAGGGCUCCUAUGCUGCCCUCUGGGAAGCGGCGCAGUACAUGGACAAGAAGCUCUGCGCUGCGCUAUUCUGCUGGUACGUGGACACUGUGCUCAACAUCGUGGUGAGCGUUCGCGCCGUGUAUCACACGCUGUCGCACUACAACGCGUACUCGGCGUCCGGGGCGUACGUGCACGCCGCGUACCUGGCCGUCGCCUUCCUGCUCGUCUCGCUCUCCGCCGCCAACCUGGUGGCGCAGAGGAGGCACCUGCUGCAGGACAUGUGCCGCCUGGUGUGCACAGUAGGCGGUGCCGAAGACGACGAGCUCUGCAACCAGGUGAUGCUGCUCCAGGAGGACGUCGCCAACGGGCAGCUGGCGUUCACCGGCUGGAACUGCUUCGACAUCGACCGUCCCUUUAUCCUCAGUGUCAUGGGAGCGGUAAUCACCUACUCCGUCGUACUGCAACAGCUCACUUAGACGAGCGCCUGCCGACCUAAAUAAAAAUCCUAAGAUCACUAGAUUUUAGCCUUUUAAGUGCAACAAGCCUCAUUAAAAUUAGUGCAUUGACUGUGGAGAAAAACGAUUUGUCCGAUUCAGUGUGUGAAGAGCUCCCAAGCUAAAGCUUCCUCUUAAUAUAGGAAAAAUAAAACGCUCGACAACGGGCCAUCUCACGGGCGCCUGGGAUCAGAACAGUCACCGAAGUUUUAAGAAUAGCUAACGUCGUUGCAAAAGAGGGAGACAAUUUACCAACAGAAAACACCUCGGAGUUAAGAUCACGCGAUCACUGCUCACUAAGCAAGAAGGAAAAAGAAGUGUUCACUGAAAAAAAAAAUAUAUACGCCGAACGAGACAUUUUGCUGUAGCUCAACCUGGACACACUAGAAACUUAUCCUGAACAAAACCUCCCAAGUGUUUAAGAAGAACACACACACACACACGCACGCACGCACGCACGCACACGCACACCAAAACUUAUGACCCCAUGAUGACGUCAUCUGCACCACGGUGCGUGCACAAAAUUGAAGAGAAGUCUGGACAUAUAUUUUCCCUUCCCUAAUCGACAAAGUUGUAGCGCAUAGCAUCGCGUUAUUGUGUGACCUUCUAAAUUUUUUUUUCUUCUGUCACCUUUGAUAGCCUUUCCACAGCAUAUGGUAGCCAGCCGGUACUUUCACUGGCUAACCUCCCUAUCAUCCCUUCUUUCUCUCUCUCUUCUCUCGCCAAAUAAACAGUGAUAAACAUUUCGAAACAAUACUCUGCACCACCGAAAAAUAAAUUUUAGUGUUCCCCUUUAGUGACAUUUCAAGUGGUAAGAUACUAGACGCUACAAAGAUC